AUGAAAAAGCUACGAUUUAAGAAAAAUCUUAUAAAGUUCUUGAAUAAGCAUGUGACAAACACCGAAAGGCAAUCGACACACACAUUCUUAGCUGAGUAUUUUUUAAGUUUUUCUCGUUUGGGUUGGGCAGCACGACAAGACGAAACUUCAAUUUUCGGUAGAGGGGGUGUUUAUGAGAAAAAGGAACAUGAAUGGUUUUUUAUUAUGAAAUAUUUUGACAUGUAUUUGCUAUGUGAUGAACCAAAAAAAGACUUCAGAGAAGUUGGCAGAGUAGAGUAUGAGAUUGAGAGAAUAUUGAAAUUGCACAAUUCUGAAAGAUUUAAAGCUUUAAUAAAAUUAUCUGAUUUCAUUUUAUACCAUUUAGCGAAUAAAACAUUUCACAAAUCUUUAAUGUUACCUCAUAAAACUAUUUUUCCUAUAAAUGAUCAGAAAGAUUUAAAACCUUAA